AUGGAUGAAACCGAAUACGACGAACCUGAUAAAUUCAUACUGGAACGCUUCCUUGGCAACAAAUUUGGAUCAAAACCUCAAGUCACUGAUAAGCACCUUCGAACGAACUAUGGGUUUGGCGCAGGACGGCGUGUCUGUCCUGGUCAAAGACUCGCUGAAAACUCGCUGAUGCUUAACAUGGCCAAAAUAGUUUGGCUUUUCGACAUCAAUUAUACUUCUGCGGCUCCACAAGAUGUCGAUAUGAGCUCUGCCUUCUCUGAUGGGUUUAUUGCAGCACCUAAGAAGUUCCCUGUUGUGUUUGUUCCUCGUUCCAAACUGGGGGUGAAGGUUACUCGAGAUAAAUCCAAGAAAUCCGAGGGAUUUCUUGGCAGGUUUAGAAAUCGAGACGAAGCAUAA